AUGUCUUCUCCCCAUUUCCGGCAACAAACUGCAACUACCUCUCCGCCAGCCUCACGCAACUUCCUUUUCAUCAUCAGGGAGCCCGCAGGAAAAACCGUAGCAUUCACUGUAGAAGACGCUGGAGCUGUUUCUGAUCCAGAUGAGGUAAAACAAAGACAAACUGGAAAGCUAGGCAAGUUUCAAGGCCAAAAAGGAUUAGGAUCAAGUGCAAAUCGAAACAAUCAAAGAUCAAACUCAUCCGGCCAACGACCAGGUGCUUAUCGGAACUCUCAAUCUAAAGACAAAACCGGAGGCAAAGGGAUCAAGUGUUAUGAAUGUGAAGGGUAUGGCCAUGUGCAGGCUGAAUGUCCAACCUAUUUGAGAAGGAAGAAGUCAAUGAAAGUUGCCCUUACCUGGAGUGAUAACGAUGAACCAGAAACAGAUCCAGGUUCUGAUCCAGAUGAGAUCUCCGGAAACUUUGUUGCCUUUACAGCUCUUACAACUACCGUAUCUGCUUCUACAACUGGCGAAGAAUCAGAAAUUGAAGAGUAUGUGUCAUCAGAAGACCAAGACUUACCAGCACCUACAUUUGAAGUAGAGUAUAAAAAAUUGUAUGCAAAAUGGGAAAUUCUUGUAAAAGUCAAUAGGUCUCUGUCUAGUCAGGUUAACAUUCUAGAAAAUGCCAAAAAAGUGUAUCUAUCUAAAAUUUCUGACAGGGACAGCAUCAUUGAAGACAGUUACAAGAAAGAAGAAAGUCUCAAACAUGAGCUAGAAGAUCUCAAAAAGGAACUGGAGCAACUCAAACGCAAGAUAAAAAUGAUGGACAACACAUCCACCUUAGACCAAAUUUUAGACUCUGGUCGAAAGUCGUCUACAAAAUAUGGGUUAGGAUACUCUGGAGGAAAGGACAAAGCCACUACAAUUUUCGUCAAAGCCUCAUGUUCUGACUCAGUCUCUGGAGCAGUUCAAUAUCGUCCAGAAACCAGUACAGCUCGGCGUCAAAUUAACUUUGCUCCAAGAAAAACAUCACUCAAGGUUAGAGUGUAUAAUCCUAUAUGUCAUUACUGCAGGGUACGCGGACAUACAAAACCAGAGUGCUUCUACUUCUACAAAGACCAACGUUGUGAGAAACUCACAAACAAAUCUAUCACCCCGUUUGUCAAGCAAAUUUGGGUGAAGAAAAGUGACUUUGUAUGUCAUGUCUCUUUCCACUCUACGAGUACUAACAGAAAAGAGAGAUGGUACUUUGAUAGUGGAUGCUCGCGGCAUAUGACGGGUGAUGCUAAAUACCUAAACAACGUAAAGGGAAGUACAGGAGAAGUAACUUUUGGCGACGGUGUUAAGGGAAAAAUUACUGGAAUUGGAACUCUAAAUGUCACAGGUCUACCCAAACUCCAACAAGUUCUAUUGGUGGAAGGUCUGCAUGCAAAUCUGAUUAGUAUCAGCCAAUUAUGUGAUCAAGAGUGGAAAGUCUGCUUUACAAAAGACAGCUGCAACGUUACAGACUACAAAAAGAACUGUGUCAUGGAAGGUAAACGCUCUUCUGAUAAUUGUUAUAUACUUACUAACGAUUCUUAUUGUUAUAGGUCCAGCAUAAAAGAAUCAAAACUGUGGCAUCAAAAGUUAGGCCACUUGAAUUAUCGCUCUCUUGAAAAAUUGAUAAAAAUUGAGGGUGUUCGGGGUCUACCGAGUAUCAAGGUAGAAAAAGCUGGAGUAUGCAGCGCCUGUCAAGCUGGAAAACAAACUAGAGCAGCGCAUACCUCUCAAAACAUGAUCAAUACCACACACUGCCUGGAACUCAUUCACAUGGACCUCAUUGGACCUACCAGAACAGAAAGCAUUGGAGGUAAAAGGUACAUUUUAGUUUGUGUUGAUGAUUUUUCUAGGUUUUCGUGGGUCAGUUUUCUCAGGGAAAAGUCAGAAACCUUCGAAGCCUUCAAAGCCCUGGCCCUAAAACUCUAG